AUGCUGAUCAACUUAUAUUUUUUCGACAACAAUCUCGUCGAAAUCGGUGAAAAAACAAUAAUUUUUCAAUAAAACAUUUCCCUUUUAUCAAAAUGAAUAAUAGCGAAGGUUUCGAGGGCAUUAAAUGUGGCACUACCAUAAUGGCUGUUGAAUAUGAUGGCGGAGUUGUGCUUGCCGCCGACUCGAGGACUACAGCUGGUCGCAAUGUGGUCAAUUCAAAUACGGAUAAACUAUCCCGGAUCACCGAUAAAAUUUACAGUGGUCGCUGCGGUUCGGCAGCGCAAUCUGAGCAAUUGCUAAAAUUUGUCACUGACAACGUGGAUUUUUAUAAUCUAGCAUAUCCCGACUCAAUGACUGUCCAUAUGGUGGCCACGAUGUUUACCAAUAAAAUCUAUGAGAAACGUCACGUUAAUCAGGUCGGUUUCAUUGUUGCCGGCUGGGAUAAGGAGCAGGGUGGCCAGGUCUAUAAUAUAACACCGGCGGGUCUUAUGUUGCGACAACGAGCCGCAGCUUCUGGCUCCGGUGCGAACUCAAUUCGAGGAUUACUAAUGUCUAGGCAUACCAAAAAUAUGCCUUUGAAUGAGGCUAUGGAAUUGGUAAAGAUUUGCACAGAAAUUGCCAUUUCGUACGAUCCAUUUUCGGGGGGUCACGUUAAGAUUGCAGUUAUCAAUAAGGAUGGCUUAGUAAUGCGCCGCACCAUACCAAUCAGUGACACAAUGUUCCAGCUAUCCAGCAACAUGUUGUGGAAUUUGGAGUUUGAUGCAUGCAAAUAAGAUUUUUAUGUUCAUAGAAUCUUUUGCUUAAUAAAGUUAUUUAUAUGGUA